AUGGCUACUGAGAGUAAUGGAGUUUCCAAGCUCAAGACUCCUGAAAUCAAGUUCACUAAGCUCUUCAUCAAUGGCCAGUUCAUUGAUUCUGUCUCUGGUAAGAAAUUUGAAACAAUAGAUCCUAGAACAGGAGAAGUAGCAACACAAGUAGCAGAAGGUGACAAGGAAGACGUUGACAUAGCCGUUAAGGCUUCAAGAGAAGCCUUUGACCAUGGCAAAUGGCCUCGCAUGUCUGGCUUUGAAAGAGGAAGAAUAUUGUUCAAGCUGGCCGAUUUGAUCGACCAACAUGGAGAAGAGCUCGCCAUGCUCGACUCCAUUGAUGCAGGAAAGCUACUGCACAUUACAAGAGCCUUUGACAUCCCAUUUGCAGCCAAUUGUUUCAGGUAUUAUGCUGGUGCUGCAGAUAAAAUUCAUGGUGAGACCCUCAAGUGUACAGGUGAGUUCCAGGCUUACACUCUCAAGGAGCCAGUUGGUGUGGUUGGCCACAUCAUUCCUUGGAACUUCCCAACUGUGCUUUUCGCUGCUAAGGUUGCUGCGGCGCUUGCUUCCGGAUGCACCAUGGUCGUCAAGCCGGCCGAACAAUCGCCCCUAUCAGCUUUGUAUCUUGCUCACUUGGCCAAAGAGGCUGGUAUUCCUGAUGGAGUUAUCAAUGUUAUCACUGGCUAUGGCCCAACAGCUGGAGCUGCCAUAGCUUCUCACAUGCAUGUUGAUGCUGUGAGCUUCACUGGAUCAACAGAUGUAGGGAAAUUAGUUAUGGGAGCAGCAGCAGCAAGCAAUUUAAAGAUUGUUUCAUUAGAAUUAGGAGGAAAAAAUCCAUUAAUUAUCUUCAGUGAUGCAGAUAUAGACAUGGCUGUUCAGACUGCUUGGCAGGCUGUUUUCUUUAAUCAAGGAGAAAUGUGUUUUGCAGGAUCUAGGGUUUAUGUGCAGGAAGGGAUAUAUGAUGAAUUUAUGAAGAAGGCAAUUGAAAAUGCUAAAAAUUGGGUGGUUGGAGACCCAUUUGAUCCCAAUGUUCAUCAAGGCCCUCAGGUUAAUAAGGAGCAAUUUGAUAAGGUUCUUAGAUACAUAGAGUCAGGCAAGAGAGAAGGAGCCACACUUUUAACAGGAGGAAAGGCUAUAGGUGAGAAAGGGUACUACAUUGAGCCCACAAUCUUUACUGAUGUCAAGGAGGAUAUGUUGAUUGCUAAAGAUGAAAUAUUUGGUCCAGUGAUGUCCAUCAUGAAGUUCCAGACAAUUGAGGAGGCUAUUGAGAAGGCCAACAACACCAGGUAUGGACUAGCAGCAGGAAUAGUGACCAAUGACCUGAAUAUAGCUAAUCGUGUUACGAGGUCGGUUCGUGCCGGCACGAUUUGGAUCAACUGUUACCUCAUCACUGAUAUUAAUAUUCCUUUUGGUGGGUACAAAAUGAGUGGUUUUGGGAAGGAUAGUGGGCUUCAAGGAAUGGAGAAGUAUCUCAAAGUCAAGUCUGUGAUUACUCCUAUUCAGAACUCCCCUUGGCUGUAAUUUGAUAUUUCAAAUUGUGGCAAUGUUGAUUGAGAGGAAGUCAUAUUGUAAUAGUCCAGUGUUCUACUUUGGCUUUAAGUGAUAAAAUAAUAAACGCUUUGAUUUGGGUCUUUUCA